AUUCGUUUAAAUUCUUUGAAGCAUCAACAUCAGGAAAAAUUGUGAAAAAAUAACAAAAAAAAUUUUGUAUAUACGUUUCUGACUUUCUUGGUGCAUCUUUAAUUUCGCGCUGUGUCCAUCUGUCCAGUUCUACAAACAAAAUAUGGCAGACGGCCCCCAAAGCUUACCAACACUAGCCGUGCGACCUCGCAAAAUUCGCCCCAUAAUCUUCAGUUUCGGCGAUUUAUACCAGUUGAUCAAAGAAGCUUGUCUGCCAAAAUGGAUGCACGAAGUGCUUUACUGGAAGUGUCCAGCCCUAUCGAGCUUAUAUCUGGUUGCUAGUAUCGCACUAAUUGGAUUUCUGAGCGCCUAUUCGGCAGUGAAGGUGUUUUCCGUUUUGAUGUUUGUGCUUUUAUUUGAGGUGAUGAUGUAUUCGUUUGUACGUCUAUUUAUACGCUUCCGGCCAUUGGAGCAGAUCCUGGGGGCCAACCUACAAGUUCACCCAGAGCCGGUCCUUGCAUUCGUAAGGGGAGCGGUUAAUUUCUACAACCGUGCCGUGGCCACCGGUCAGUAUUUGAUUUUCUGUGGCAAUAUCUGCGUUAGCAUCGGACUGUGGUUGCUGCUCGUAGAGAUGCACAGAUAUGUUGCCGGAGUCAACCCCUUAACCGUGUGUUUGUUGGCCCUCAUACUUGCAUUUUCCGUUCCCAAAAUGCUGGAUGAUAUCAUAACUCGGCUGCGUACGUCAUGGAUUGAAGCUACACGUCCGGAGAACCGGUCUACAUAUCCGAUAUUCGGGACAAUUUCCAGAUUUAUGGACAUGUUCGAAGUAGCGCCCAUGACCGCUCCGGAAUAUCGUUUGUUCCAAGCCGGAACCAGACAGUAUGCUUCACCCCGCGGUCCGACUGGGAGCCCCAUACAAAUGAUGCAGCAGCGCAUUAAUGUACAAAUUUCCCUUGGACUAGCGCCGGGAGCCAGGGAUGAGCCUGAUGAGCCACCAGCACAAAAUAUAGCAGCUGAGCCGGAGGAGCUCCCAGAGCUGCAAGGCGUCAACGAAGGUGCCAGCCAUGGACCGCGUGUGCGUCCACCCAGAGCUGAGGAGGCCGAAGCUGAUGCAUACGAGAGUGCCGAUGAAUUUGACGCUGCAGCCACAUUGGUCGCUCAAGCUGUCGAAGCUCCGUCUGCCCCCAUUGCUGUGGUGCCAGCCACACGUAUAGGUAUUCGCAAGUGAGCCAACUCUCGUUCCAGUUUAUAAAUUUUAAAAACCAUUCAGUAUCUUUAAAUAAAAAAACACUUUUGGAUUACCGUUUUGAGAAA